AUGGCAAUUAAUGAAGUGCAGGGAGUCAUCGCGCGGUCAAAGGGUGCGCCGGUGGAACUGGUACCGAUUUUGGUUCCCGACCCCGGCGCGGGCGAGGCGCUGGUGCGAGUCCAGGCCUGCGGCGUGUGCCAUACGGAUUUGCAUUACCGGGAAGGCGCAAUCAACGAUGACUUUCCGUUCCUGCUGGGCCACGAGGCAGCCGGUAUCGUGGAGAAAAUCGGGGACGGAGUCAGCAAUGUCGUGCCCGGCGAUUUCGUGAUUCUCGCCUGGCGUGCCCCUUGCGGUCAAUGCCGUUCAUGCGUGCGUGGCCGGCCUUGGUACUGCUUCUCCAGCCGCAACGCCGAGCAGAAAAUGACCCUGGCCGAUGGAUCGCCGGUGUCGCCCGCAUUGGGCAUCGGGGCGUUCUGCGACCUGACGCUGGUAGACGCGCUCCAAGCCGUCAAGGUCGACCCGGCGGCAAGCCCUCUGGCGGCGGGCCUGAUCGGUUGCGGCAUCAUGGCCGGGCUGGGCGCAGCCAUCAACACCGGCGGUGUGAGUCGCGGCGAUUCAGUGGCGGUCAUCGGUUGCGGUGGCGUCGGCAACGCGGCGGUCGCCGGCGCGCAACUGGCUGGCGCCAACAUCAUAAUCGCGGUGGACAUCGACGACCGCAAACUCGACUGGGCCAAAGGAUUCGGCGCCACCACAUCCGUAAACUCCACCCAAACCGACCCAGUGGCGGCCAUCCGGGAACUCACCGGCGGCAACGGCGUGAACGUGGCGAUUGAGGCCGUGGGCAACCCAACCACCUACGAACAGGCUUUUUACGCCCGCGACCACGCCGGUACCGUGGUGCUGGUUGGUGUCCCGGACCCCACGAUGAAAAUUGAACUGCCGCUGAUCGAGGUUUUCGGACGCGGCGGUUCGCUCAAAUCGUCCUGGUACGGCGAUUGCCUGCCCACCCGAGACUUCCCAAUGCUGAUUGACCUGUACCUGCAAGGCCGCCUGAACCUCGACGGUUUCGUCAGCGAACGCAUCACGAUUGACGACGUUGAGGCCGCUUUCGAGCGCAUGGGUCGAGGAGAAGUGCUGCGCUCGGUCGUUGUGAUGUAG